CUCAGACAGUACAAACGCACAAGCCCCACUUCAUUGCCAUCCACUGCCAGGAGCUGGGUGGGAAGAGUGCAGACACAUCAGCUUCAGAUGUCAACAGUUUUGUAAACGAGCUGUUCUACAGUGAUCCCAUGAAGGAGUUCACCAGAGCCCGUGUCUACCUCGAUCAGAACUACAGUUCCCCGGAGCUUUACACAGCUCUUGGAAGUAUGUACUUUAUCCACGAUUCGUUGAAAAACAUCCGUCAGUUUGAUUUCGAAGCCAAACAAUUUCGGAAGUUAACUGGGAGGGAAAUCUGCGCAGAGAAACUACACAGCUCACCCAUGGUGGAGAGGGAGAAGUUUCCAAAGGAUUACUAUCCAGGGUCCAAGUUCUCCAGAAAAGGAUUCAUCAGAACUCGAUGGUCCCUGGCUGACUGUGCCUUCGAUCUGGUCAACAUCCACCUUUUCCAUGACGCGAACAACGUUGUGGCCUGGGAGGAAAGUCCUUCCUCUUAUUCUGGGAUGAGGCAGAAGGCGCUGCGCUUUGUUUUAGACAGGAUCACAGACCAACGAUAUGACAAGCUGCCUUACUUCCUCUUUGGGGACUUUAACUUCAGGUUGGACUCCAGGACCUUAUUUGACACUCUCUGUUCUGCUGCCACCAUGCAGGCCGUCAAAGACCCCAACACCAAUGAAGUGGACAGGCUAAUAUUCAGAGAAAGUGGUAAUGAUCAAAAGGUUAUUCUACAAGUUCAAAAGAAGACUUUUGAAUAUGUCAACCAGAACAUUUUCCGGGAAAACAAUGGGACCUCACUUUUAGAGUUUGACAAGGAGCUGUCGGUGUUCAAGGAUCGGCUGCAUGAGCUGGAAAUCUCUUUCCCUCCCAGUUAUCCGUACAGUGAGGACCGGCAUCAUGGGAAGCAGUACAUGAACACCAGAUGCCCCGCCUGGUGUGACCGAAUCCUUAUGUCACCUUCAGCUAAAGACCUGGUUGUAAAGCCAGAAAAUGAGGAGAAGUCUAUAUUGUAUGAUAACAUUGGGCCAAAUGUCUGCAUGGGGGACCACAAGCCCGUCUUCCUGUCCUUCCGAUUACCAUCGCGGGCAGGGAAUUCUUGCCAAAGGGGGUUAGAACAUAUUCCAUGAAGAGCCCCUGUGAAAACACCGGGGAGAAAAAAUACACAUGCACAAACACACACACGCACACCCAGUUUGCACAAGCACACACUGAAGAUCCCAGACAAGCUUCUUUUAUUUUCAGCAGCGCUGAGUUUUUUUUCCGGACGGCUCAUCCGCUCCGUUCUCUCUCCAUAAAACACUUUUCGAGAUGCGGACGAGCACCCGAAGAGGGCCCCGGCUCUGUGCAAGAGACGCACAUUGCUGACCUCAACGUUGCCAUGCAACCCAAAUACCCCAGAAGAAGAAGAAGAAAAAAAGACAAUCAAGGCAAUGAAUAAACCACCCCUUUUUUUUUUUUUUUUUUUCAUGCCACAGCCUCAUUUCCAGAACUCUAAUCUAGAUCAGACAUACUACAUGCUUUUAGACACCGUUUACUGGCCAUGCUUAGGUAUGCCUAUAUGUAUAAAAGCUACUUUCCAGACAAUAUGUAAUGUGUUUUAAAAAAGGAAAAAGAGAAAAGAAAAAAGUGCAAUGCGACAAAUGUUGUAUAUCUAUAUUGUUUAGGUUUAUUUGUACAUUUGACAGCAUAAUAUAGAGCCUUGAAUGGUUUUAGUGCAGUUCUCUUCUCUGACCAAACUUUAUGGUCCCUGUUGGAAUAAGUAGGACUUCUGAUCUUAGUUUAUUAUGAAACUAUAUUAAACUAUAUACUCUUCCUUCUGUUGCCUGACACAUCAGUGGACUUUUUCAUUUUAUAUGCUGUACUUUUUAAAGAGAUAAUUUAUGAUUCGUACCAAAAUGUUUGUGCUGCAGCGGCAGCAGAGAGCUGAGGGAGUGGGAACGCCACGGAAACCUUCGGAUAAGUUCACAAGGAAAACCUCUUCAGUGAUUUAUUGCCUAUCCAAGAAUGUUUUAAGCAGUGCCAUAGACCAUGGAAUAUAUAUAUAUAUAUAUAUAUAUA